CUAGUCCCCACGAACGAUACCCGGCACUCGUAGUUUGCCCAGGAUCAUGGAUUUGAACAUCACUCAAUCUCAUCGAGCUCAUUUUGUUACGUAGCUGCAGCACUGCAUUGAAGGUCGCUUGAGUUACCUCGCAGCUGGAGGACCUGACAUAAGUGCUCAGAAUAGUAGUCUGGGGGAAUUGCUGCAACAGUAGCUCACGAAGCAGGACCUUUCAUUUCGGUUCCUUGGGAGCCGAACUGCAAAUGCCUUUGAUGUGUUCCAGGGUCAAAUGGACAUCAACUUUAUUCUGCUUUGGUUUGCAAUGGUUUUGUGUUGAAGUUAGGAAGUGUUCAGGAGAGGAGAAUUAUAGCUCCUUAUCCAUCUUACACAGCACAAGAGUUGGAAGAAAGAAGAGAAACCUAAGAAUUGUAUUGAUCUUGCUGAAAGGGGUCAGGAGUCACAGCAAUCUUCGAGAGAAAUAUCUAAUUAGCAAAAACCUAUUUUUUGUGGUGAAUUUCCAGGUCUCGCAGCGUAUUGCUUAAUGAGACAGGCAUCGUACAAGGUUAGGGUUUCGCGUUCGGUGAACAGAACUCAUUUUCAGCGUUCGGAGGCCUGAGUUGACAGUAGCUCGAGUAUAUUCGUGAAAUGGACGCUGUCUGACCGAGGACUCUAAAUGAUGACUUAAUGCCAUUUCUUCUUUGCUAAAGAACGUCAACAUGUCGCCUGGUGCUGCGUUACUGCUGCCAUCGUCGAGUUCAAUACAAUGUCAUGGAGCUCUUCACCUACUGAGUACCAACACUGACUGCAAACCAAUACUGCAACUUGCGGGAGCUAGAUUUCGACAUCAAAGGGGGAAGGCAUGGUCUACAGACGUGAAGUCGCGAACUUCGCGGUUUUCUUCAGUUGUGAAGUCUGCAGUGGCAACUAUGGAUAGGGACAACGCUCUGCCGGACAAGAACGUGCCAUUGUACUCGCACAGCCUCCCGGGUAUUGAAGCAUGGCUUCAGAAUCUUGGAUUUGUGCAAAAUAAAGAUGACCGAGCAGUGUGGGAUAUUGAGCGGCCCGAUUGGCAUGCCCAAUUAUCGCUUGAAUACACCGAGUUGUACAUCAGAUACCUGAAAUCUGGGCCUGGUAAUUUGGACCGAGAUAUCGAGCGAAAGUUCAGUUAUGCCUUGAGCAGAGAAGAUGUGGAGAACGCAGUUCUUGGGGGCCCGUGAAAUGUAGUUUUGUUUUGUUUUGUUUUGUUUUUUCUUUUUUCCUGGCUCGCAGAUACAGCUGCCACUGUAGGUUGUGUAGUCUAGAUCGAUUUCCUGGUUCUGGGUUUCCCCAGUUGUGAGUUUUUUGGGCUGUUUGAAAGAAAUUUCUCACCUCUAGCUUUUGAUUUCCAACAUUGACCGCAGUUUCGUACGUGGAUGGACUUGAGGAUCGAGACACUCGGCUGAGCAGCUUGUGGCAUCUUAGGACGGUAUAAAGUCUCCUGUUGUAAACUGACAGUUGCUGAACGACAUUGUACAUCCUAGCUUGUCUAACUACCUUAUCUUUCCCUCUGGAAUCGCGCAGAAUUGUUGAAAUUUGUUUAAUGAAAGUCCUAAAUUUCGUUUUA